UGACAGAACAGACAUUUCUGUAUCCAGUUCAGUGAUUUAAUGUGGCACCAGCCAUCUAUCCAUGUACGAGUUUCUCGUUCUCUGGCUCUCUUCCCCCCUCCCGCUGUAAAAAGGAAUUACUCAUGUCGGCUGUAUCAUUCUUCCAAGCACCCGUACGGAACCAGAAGCUGAAGAACCCACCUUUGAGAGUGGAUUUGGGACGUGGGUUUUCGAGAAGCUUGGGUUUUGGUCAUGUGAGACCAACCAAAUGGCGGACUUUUGAGCUCAACAAGCUAGCGGUCUGUGCUGAUAGCAAUGACAACGCAGCGUCUCGGAGGGAGUCCACACCUCCCCUGACUCGGGUGAAACGCCAUACAAUUUCAGUCUUUGUUGGGGAUGAGAGUGGAAUAAUAAAUCGGAUUGCUGGGGUGUUUGCUAGGAGGGGCUACAACAUUGAGUCCCUUGCAGUUGGUUUGAACAAGGACAAGGCUCUUUUUACCAUAGUGGUCUUGGGAACCGAGAAGGUUUUGAGACAAGUCAUUGCACAACUGAACAAGCUUGUGAACGUCAUUAAGGUUCAAGACAUCUCAAGGGAGCCACAAGUAGAACGUGAACUGAUGCUUAUAAAACUUAAUUCAGAUCUGAAUACCCGUGCUGAGAUCAUGUCGUUAGUAGACAUCUUCAGAGCAAAAAUUGUUGAUAUCUCAGAAGAUUCGCUGACUAUUGAGGUCACUGGGGACCCUGGGAAGAUGGUUGCUAUUCAAAGAAACUUAAGCAAAUUCGGAAUCAAAGAACUUGCAAGAACUGGAAAGAUUGCAUUGCGACGAGAAAAGAUGGGUGAAACUGCUCCAUUCUGGGGAUUCAGUGCAGCUUCCUAUCCAGAUCUUGAACCACCACCUCCUGUUAAUGUUCUUGAAGAGAAAGCAGGUCAAUCACUUAAUGGCGAUGUCCGUAUAUCCUCAGGUGGUGAUGUUUAUCCUGUGGAGCCAUUCGAUGACUUGAUGAUGAAACAAGUUCUUGAUGCUCACUGGGGCAUUGUCUAUGGUGAUGAUUCUAGUGAGCUUCAGUCGCACACAUUGUCUAUGCUUGUGAAUGACUGCCCUGGAGUUCUGAAUAUGGUUACUGGAGUUAUUUCUCGAAGAGGUUAUAACAUUCAGAGUUUAGCUGUGGGGCCAGCUGAAAAAGAUGGGCUUUCCCGCAUCACAACUGUUGUUCCUGGGACUGAUGAGUCAAUUGGCAAGUUGGUUCAACAACUUCACAAGUUAAUAGAUCUUCAUGAGGUUCGGGAUAUCACUCACUUGCCAUUUGCAGAGAGAGAACUUAUGCUGAUAAAGAUUUCUGUGAAUAACACUGCUAGGAGGGAUGUCCUUGAUAUCGCCAGCAUUUUCCGGGCCAAAGCUGUUGAUGUGUCUGAUCACACCAUUACACUUGAGCUUACAGGUGAUUUAGACAAGAUGGUUGCAUUACAGAGGUUGUUGGAGCCAUACGGAAUUUGUGAGGUGGCACGCACAGGGAGGGUGGCAUUGGUGCGGGAGUCGGGAGUGGAUUCCGCAUAUCUCCGUGGUUUCCCUCUUCCAUUGUAAUACUUGAGUUAACCUGUAGCUUCAUACUGUGGUGGAGCAUCUAAAGUAUCUUGGAAGGUAGAUAGAUGCAGCAUUUAGAAGUUCAGAGAAUAUGGUACCUGUUAUAACUUAUAUUUGUCCUCUUUGCACUUAAGAUCUAGGUUUCUCUUUUCUUUUUUUCCCCCCUAACCUUGGUUUUUAACCAAAUCAACCACGUAUCUGUUGUAUCAAUGACAUCAGUAGAUGUAGCAUCACCUCAAAUCCUCUGAGAACUUCUCAUAUUAAGGUAUAUCUUCAAUUUAUUCAAGUACUUAAACGUCGUUUGGAUUGAGAAACACUCUCAACCUAUCU